AUGGAGACAUUAUCGUCGUAUCCAGUAACGCCACGAAGCCAAGUAUCACACCUUCGACACACUACCACUCGAAACCCGGGGCCCACGAGUGUUAUGCACGCGCCCGCCCGCGACGCCCAUGCCAACACUACAUCCGAGACAAACGCCCAGCAACCGUGGUCUGCAUCCCAAGAAUCCAUCAUCAGUGCACGUAGCGAUGCGAGUAGUGUUCGCCAACCGCACCUCCAGACCAGCAACAGCAACUUGUCGCAAUUGACCAACGACACCGACCCGACGUCACCCGCGAUACCCGUGCCCGAGCGACAGUAUGAUCAGCACCACAAGAGCGUCACGAGCGCUGCACAACGUGCCAUCACGCCUGAGGACCAGAUACAAAGUACACACAACCCACUUGCCAGCCCGCUGAGCACGCUCUCGCCCACAGCGACGAAUGGAGCCAAGAGGACAGCGAGUGGUCACGUCAAGAACGCGCCAAGUCUGCCCAACACGCCUAUGACUGGCACCUUCCCAGGCAGGAGAUCUCGAGCGGGGUCAAUGUCCUCGACAGGGAGUCGGGCUGGCGAGCUGGCUGCAACAUUGAAGUCCAGGUUGGGUUAUGCCAUGGCCAAGGUGCAGCAUGGAUGGGAGCACAAGACAAUCGCCGAGGUGGAGCAGUUGGCAGCAUAUAAGGCAUCACCACAACGAUACAGCAUGUCACACGUCGAGUACAGCAAGCGACCAGUGAGUGCAGGGCUCAGCAACGGCACUGCCCGGCUAUCGAUGUACGAGAAUUAUGCACCGCUUAGCUACGACGGCACAACAUCACCCCCCCCAAAGCGGCGAUCCGGCAACUUCUCAACCUUCAUGGCCUCCCCACAACAGCCUCGAUAUGUUGCACACAACCCUCCCCAACUACAGCCAUCAGCAGACAUCAGGCCUGGUUCGAUGCAGCAAACAUACUACUCAGCCCCAUCAAGUCAACAAAUCGGCUACAACAACGCGAUGUCCCCACCGCGAACACCCAUGAACGGCCAUCCACGUCGCCCGCCAACGAUACGCACAGACACACAGACUGCAGAGGCCGAGCGCGAUGCUCUCCAGGCACUCUACCAGCUCGGUUCGCCACACGCUUCUCAGAUCUCACGAAACACGACGGCUACUAGCCAGACGAGCUCGAGUCAGGAGUCGCCUUUACGCAAUGAGUUUCCGACGCCGAGGAGAGUCACGUUUGCGAGGAGUGUGAGUGAGGCGAGCAGUGCUCGUGGCUCGAGUGCUAGCGAUGGGCAAUGA